CAUUUUAUUUCCAAACGCGAGACCGUUCCAUUAUUUUGUGUGGCCUGCAGCUGGAGGAACUUUUCUUCGAUUAAAUCGUAAUAAUGAGGCUAUCACUACUGCGGGCUGCCCGUUUGAACCCCGCCGUAAAAGAACUACGGUUGCAUCUGUGUCAGACCGGCGAAGAAUCUAAAGGAGUGCGAGAUUUCAUCAGCAGCGGGUAUGCUCAGCUAAAACGGGAGAAUCCUAAACUGCCGAUUCUGGUUCGAGAAUGCAGCGGUGUUCAACCAAGGCUUUGGGUUCGUUUUGAACUAGGCAAGGAGAAAUCAGUUACUCUCACAAAUGCUGGAGCCGCGGAUGUUGCUAAGCACAUUGCCGAUCUGGGAAAAUAGAUUUAGAGACUUAAAAUCCCAAUAGUUGAUUUGGUUUGUCCGAAAUGGAGUAAUAAAUAAAAUUGUGUCUUGCAGAGUGCGGAGGAAAUGUAA